AUGGUAGGUCAUUGUCUUUCAGAUAAUGGCAGAACAUCCUUGAUAAGGGCCCUCCGAGGAAUCGAUCUUGACGAACGCCUCGAAAGACUGAGGAACCUGCGCGUGAUCGACAUGGAUCAGAGGUCUUCCUUGGCGGCUACAUCAAUGAACACCGCAGAGCAUGAAGCAACAGCAUCGAAUGAUCAAUUUGGAGGGGGAUCAAUAAUUGAGAAAAAUCGCCUGGAAGGGGUCGACGAAUACCUGUACGAGGGCGACAUCAAUCUCACCGAAGAACAACUCUCCGCACUUGAGGCGAGUCUGAAUAGUAACACCACUCGCCAAAAACGGCAAGCUUCGAAGACUGCUCCGCUAUGGGCAAACAAAAAAGUCUUCUACUAUUUUGACCCAAGUAUUGGUGAUCCCAUGAAAUCCCUCGUCAAGAAAGCGCUGAACUAUAUCAGCGCUCGCACAUGCCUCACCUUCGUGGAGAACGCCACAGCCGUUAACCGCAUUCGUGUAUUCAGCGGAAGUGGAUGUUAUUCGAAUGUUGGCAUGAUCGGAGGUCAACACAGGACCUAUCGCUGGCUGAUGGUUGCAAUACGGCUUUCAAUGUUUCAGAUUGGAAUCAUCGCUCACGAGUUCAUGCAUGCCCUCGGUAUAUGGCAUAUGCAAAGUCGAUCGGAUCGUGAUAACUUCAUAACAGUUGAUAUGACAAAUGUGCCGACAGAAAGCCAACACAACUACAACAAACUCACUGCAGCCGAAUCCAUCAACUACACACCGUACGAAUAUGGCAGUGCCAUGCACUACGACGCUAAAUCAUUCGCCUCAAGUGGACACUCUCUUGUCCCCAAAAGCCCGACAUAUCUGUACACGUUGGGAUCGCAGCAGGUUUCAUUCUACGACAUAUUCCUGAUCAACUCUCAUUACAAGUGCAAUGGCAUAUGUGCAGCCAAAGGUGCAGCAUGUGUGAAUGGAGGAAAGCGGAAUCCAAAGAACUGUGCUGCAUGCAUUUGUCCUGCCGGUUACGGUGGCGCGCUGUGCAACCUUCGGCCAGCAGGGUGUGGCGCGGUGUUGACAGCAGGUCCAACCUGGAAAUCGAAAGUGGUCACUGUAGGUAACGCCACGAACCCAGGGCUCCGCGACACUCACGCAAAGUGCAAUGACUGGAUCAAGGCUCCAGCCGGGAAAAAAAUCCAAGUUCAGGUGACCAAAACGGUAGGAGUUGAUUGCCGUUAUGGUUGCUGGACGCAAGGAAUUGAGUUCAAAACAAUGCCUGAUAAGCUUAAAACCAAUCCAAGGGCGUGCUGUACCGAACACCUGAAAAAGAUCAUCGUCAGCAGUCUAAACCCAACACCAGUCAUCUCAUACAACAUCUACCUUCAAUCGCAAAUCACCUACCAGUACAGAUAUAUUUGA